CACGCGCGCGAGGAGCCAGGGGAUAUGGGGUGACGGUCGCGCCAUGCUUUCCGUGGGGGCAGACGAGAGCUGGCUCCGAUACCGGUAUCAUCUGCGUCGUCUGCUUGAAUAGAUAUCUAAUUAAGCUUGAAGAUUUAAAAUGGAUUCCCAGAGCUACUUUGGUUUAGUUGACUACAUAGUCUUUGCUGCAGUAUUAGCCUCCUCCUCGGCAAUUGGCAUUUACUUCAGAUUUACGGGAGGGAAGCAAAAGACCUUCAAGGAAUAUAUGCUUGCUGACAACAGUAUGCCAAUGCUGCCUGUUGCUUUUUCACUUAUGGCCUCCUUCAUGUCAGCUAUCACAAUACUGGGAGUGUCAAAGGAGAACUAUAUGUUUGGUACACAAUUUAUAGUUAUCAAUAUAUCGUACAUCAUCUCAACUCCUAUUGUGUGCUACUUCUAUCUGCCGGUCUUCUUCAGACUACAGAAUACCAGUGUUUAUGAGUACUUGGAAAGAAGAUUUGGUCUCCUCACUCGAACAACUGCUUCUCUAGCCUUUAGCCUACAAAUGACUCUCUAUAUGGGCAUUGUCCUCUAUGCCCCAGCCUUAGCCCUCUCAGCAGUUACAGGAAUAUCUCUUCAAUGGUCCAUCAUAGCUGUAGGAUUAGUGUGUACUUUCUACUCCACACUGGGUGGAAUGAAGGCUGUGCUGGUAACUGAUGUCUUCCAGUCGUUACUGAUGUUUGCUGCCGUCUUUGCUGUGAUUACUCGGGGUGUAAUAGAUCAUGGUGUUUCAAAUAUUUUUAAGAUUGCGAGAGAAGGCGAAAGACUAGAGUUUUUCAACGUCUCUCCAGAUCCACGUGAGAGGCACACUAUAUGGAGCCUUGGCAUUGGUGGUAUCUUCACAUACUGUUCUUUGUAUGGUGUUAACCAGGCUCAGGUCCAAAGGCUCCUCACCAUUAAAGACCUUCGAAGAGCACAGGGAUCAUUGUGGAUCCAGUGGCCAAUAUUAACUCUCCUCAGCUUGUCCACAUCCUUUGCUGGUCUGGUGCUUUAUGCCCAGUAUUACCUUUGUGACCCUAUGAAGAGUGGACGCAUAUCAAACUCAGACCAAUUGCUGCCUCUCUAUGUAGUUGAGACUAUGGGGAUGAUCCCAGGACUGUCAGGACUCUUUGUCUCAGGAAUUUUCAGCGGAUCAUUGUCAACUGUUUCUUCAGCUUUGAAUUCUUUAGCAGCUGUUACAGUGCAAGACUACAUCCUGCCAUUUGCCCCAAAAAGUCUUGGCAUUGGAGAAAAACAAGCCACAAAGAUCAGUAAAAUUCUGGCCUGUGUUUAUGGUGGUGUGUGUAUGACCAUAGCUUUUUCAGCAAAAUUACUGGGCACAGGUGUCCUCCAGGCUUCCCUGACUAUCUUUGGUGCAGUUGGGGGACCUCUGCUCUCCCUUUUCACUUUGGGGAUGUUGUGUAAAUGUGCAAAUCAGAAGGGUGCAAUGUCAGGUCUGCUUAUUGGUCUCGUGUUUACACUAUGGAUUGGCUUUGGAAGGCCAAAACCCCCACCCCCAAGUCUCCGUGGAGGUUCUGUAGACAACACGACUCUUAUCACAAGUAGAAGCCUUGGUGAAGGGGUUUCUUUGGGGAAUAUCACCAUGACUGAAAUGAUGGUUGAUGUGGCAAAUAUGACACAAGGUGCUGAUAAUGCUGAAGUUGUGGAGAGCACCUCUUUCCUCCAUGAGAUCUAUGCAGUGUCAUACAUGUGGAUAGCAGCUAUAGGCUUCCUGAUAACAUUGCUAGUGGGUGUGAUAGUGAGCAGGCUUACAGGAGGAAAUGAGAUUCUGGACCACGACCUUUUCGCGACUUGGGUACGCCUGCCUCCCCCUUCAGCUGCACUCAAUGAAAAUGUGUGCUCGGACAAGGUUGACCUACCUGAUAAUGCUGAGGUUCCACAAGUGUCUUCUUCAACAAAGCUCACACCUGAAAGCACAAAGUUAUAGUCUCAUAUAUCUUCUUGUUGAUUUUUCCUUAGUUUUGGUUAUGUAUGAGGUAUGGGAUUUGAUAACAUUGGUUUUGUAUUUUGAAUUUGUAUAUUAUGUGAUAGGUUUUAUUUUUUCUAAGAUUUUUAGUUAAAUAUACAUUA